AAUUAAACCCUUAAUUUCUCAAUUCUAAAAAGAGGACAUUAGGUUUGGGAGAAAUCUGCAUCUCCCUUGUCAUCUGGCGAGACAAAAGAGCAUCAGCAAGGAGUGUGAGGGUGUAGUAGUAGCAUGAGCAGGUGGCAGGUGACGGGGGCUGACAAUUGACGUGGAAAAACGGGAGUCCUACGCGCCUUUCCCGCCCAGGCAUCCUCGACCCUGCGUGUCGCGACCCCCCAGGGACCUCAGGCAUGGGGCCCCGGACGUGCAGGAAGGACGGCCGGAGAUGAAAAGACGAGUGGAAGCAGGAGGGAGGGAGUGAGGGUCCCGUCAUGCCCAUUCUCCGGAACAAGUGAAUGAAGACCACGUGACCCAAGCGGACCAAUCAGCGGCCAGGGAUCACCCCGCCCAACGGACCAAUCAGCGGCUGGAGGUUCCUCGCCCGACGGACCAAUCAGCGGCCGAGAUUACCCUCAAAAGACGAACUCGCGCGGUAAACAACAAAGUCUCCUGCAAAGUACAAAAUAAAGCAGCUAGAAAUGGAGGAAGCUGCCAAAAAUCAAGUUGGAAAGGAGGCGGAUGAUCAGCAGCAUCUGCAGCAGAAUCCACAGGAGCAGCAGCAGCAGCAGCAGCAGCAGCAGCAGCAGCAGCAGUCUCAGGAGCCACAGGAGCAUGAAAAACAGGAUGAACAGCAGCAGCAGCAGCAGCAGCAGCAGCAGCAGCAGCAGCAGCAUUCCACACCCCCACCACCACUUAUUGGGGCAGAGGGUCCAUUAGGAACUGCUACAUCCAUUAAGGAUGGCCUUCCUCCUCCUACACAGAUUAAUAAAAUAAAGUUUGGCCCUGGUGCUCCCCUCAUCAAAAAGGAGAAGCGGCAGUCAUCAUCUCGCUUCAACAUCCCUAAGAACAGGGAGUUACAGAAGCUACCAUCUCUAAGAGAUGCACAGCCCAGUGAACGGGAAGAUUUGUUUAUACAGAAGAUUCGACAGUGUGGGGUUAUAUUCGAUUUCAUAACUGACCCCCUAAGUGAUCUAAAAUGGAAGGAAGUGAAGCGGGCAGCGUUAAACGAGAUGGUGGAGUAUGUCACCACUCAACGGCAAGUCAUCACAGAGCCUGUGUACCCAGAGGUGGUCCAGAUGUUUGCUGUGAACCUGUUCAGAACUCUGCCUCCAUCCAGCAAUCCCUCAGGAGCAGAGUUUGACCCAGAAGAGGAUGAACCCACCCUGGAAGCUGCCUGGCCUCAUCUCCAGUUGGUGUAUGAGUUUUUCCUUCGCUUUCUGGAGAGUCCAGACUUCCAACCAUCUGUUGCCAAACGAUUCAUAGAUCAAAAGUUUGUAUUGCAGCUAUUAGAACUAUUUGAUUCAGAAGACCCAAGGGAGAGGGAUUUCCUAAAGACUACCUUACAUAGAAUAUACGGAAAGUUCUUGGGUCUGAGAGCAUUUAUCCGUAAGCAGAUCAACAAUAUAUUUUACAAGUUCAUUUAUGAAACAGAGCAUCAUAAUGGUGUGGCAGAAUUACUAGAAAUUUUAGGAAGUAUCAUCAAUGGGUUUGCAUUACCAUUGAAAGAAGAGCACAAAGUGUUUCUCUUGAAGGUGUUGCUACCCCUCCACAAAGUCAAGUCACUGAGUGUGUACCACCCCCAGUUGGCUUAUUGUGUAGUUCAGUUCCUGGAAAAGGAUCCCUCAUUAACUGAACCUGUCAUCAUCACCUUGCUCAAGCUGUGGCCCAAAGUCCAUAGUCCUAAAGAGGUGAUGUUCUUGAAUGAGCUUGAGGAGAUCUUAGAUGUUAUUGAACCUAAUGAAUUUGUGAAGGUGGUUGUCCCAUUGUUUCGCCAGCUGGCCAAAUGCGUGUCAUCACCACACUUUCAGGUUGCUGAGAGAGCUCUCUACUACUGGAAUAACGAGUAUAUACUGUCACUAAUAAGUGACAAUGCGCAAAUUAUUCUGCCCAUCAUGUUUCCUGCUCUAUAUAAGAACUCAAAGUCUCACUGGAACAAGACUAUACAUGGCUUAAUAUACAAUGCCUUGAAGCUGUUUAUGGAAAUGAAUCAAAAACUUUUUGAUGAAUGUACACAGCAGUACAAAGCAGAACGGCAAAAAGAAAAAGAAAAGAUGAGGGAGCGAGAAGAAGCAUGGCAACACAUUAAAGAUUUAGCUGUAAAGAAUCCAUUAUUCGAUAAGUAUUCCAGUGAAAGUAACAAUAUCUUCAGCCCACACUCAGCCUUAAUGGUGUCACCACAAGAUGAUAAUGAUAUUGAUUUUAACUCAGAAAAUAAUGGAAGUGAUAACACUGAGCAGGCAAAAAAAGUGCGCAACAAAGAGAAGCCGCUGCUGCGGAAGAAGAGUGAACUGCCCCAUGAUCAGUACACCAUCAAGGCGCUGAGUGACCAUAAGCGUGCAGACGACUAUCUCACCACCUCCCCAGAACUGGCUGCCACCACUAGCUAGACCGCGCCGUGGGUGCCAAGGCGGCAGGAGGAGGUAUGAAGGCAGUCUACUAGCUGACAUGGCCUGGAGGCCGCAGAGCAAAGUCAUCCAGCAGCACGGUGCCCAAGGGUGGGAGGGGGUGGAGGUUGUCUCAAGGACUCAGCACGUUAUCAAUCAAUGGGAAUGGCUUUCAAGGUUUCUCUUGGCUUACUAAACCAAGACAGAACAUCCCCUUGGGUUAUUCACUUCAAGAUUUCCUUCAUAAAUGCCUUUUCUUCUGGUUAUGACAGACCAAAGUGGGUGUAACAUUAACGGGGUUUGUAUUAGUUUUCAUAACUAAACUAAUGUCAAAUGCAUGUACCUAAUGGGGAAGAUAAGUUAACAGGUUGUAUUCCUUAAAAUCUUCUUUUGAGGAUUUUGUACUUUACAGAUCAAAAAUUUUAUUAUUAAACCAAGCAUAUUCCAUUUAUGUGAUGAUGUACAGUAACACAGAUCUUCAAAAUAUUUUUGAACUUAAAGAUGCAACUAAAACACUCCAGCAAACUCCUGAAAUCCUCACAGUGUAGUUUGACUAUGCACUCUGCCAUAUGUUAAGUUCAGGAAAAUGUACUGUUUAUGAGAGAGCCAGUGAAGCAAGUCUGUCCAUCACAUCUGCCCUGUGGGCCAACAAGAAGAGGUGAAACACAUGUGUUGAGAAGAAGAGUAAACUUGAAUAUUGAUUACUCAGAACAUCUGAAAUCUUUCAUAUCUUAAAUUUAUUAAUCAUCUAUUUGAUGGUCUGCUUAAUUAAGAUUGAAGUUACUGAAUCCUAUAUAUGAGAGAGAUGGUACCUUGUGCACCAAAAAAGUACCUACAUCAUAUACUGGCUGUUAUACUUAAAAGAAAAUGUGCACUUGCUCAUGCCUGUUCACAUGUAAGGAAAAUAAAUAUGGUUUAACUACUUAAUUAACUGUAAAUCAUUCCAAAAAUUGUGCUUGGCCUCAGCAUAGUUAAAUGAAGUCCAAAUUACCGUAUUGUUGAUGGCUGCUUCUCUCUUUAUUAAGGACUGGAUAGGUUUUGUGUAUGUAGGAGGUGCAGUGUUUAUGCAUAGAGUAACUAAUACUAUGUGCUUUGUUCAAUGCUUUCAACAACUAAAAUGUUCUACUGUAUAGGAUCUCAUUCUCAUCCUUCAUUAAUAUAUAUAUCCUCAUUCUGCAUCUUAAGGUUGUUGCUGCUUGAUAUUCAGGUUCAUGCUAGAUACAAGAGAGCUAUUAUGGCAAAUGUGCUGUUUUUUUUUAAAUAUAUUUUUGUGAUAUUGCAACAGAUGGUCAUAUUGCCAGCAGUCUGUGUUUAUUACUGUAUCUUCAUUGAUUUAUAUCUAGAAAUCAGUAAAUACAAGUCUACAAAAUCACAUUGAUAUACAUUACCAUAUAGAAAAUUAUGCAAUGUAGUACAGCGCUGACAAAAAAGAAGGCAGUACUGCAACAUUAGAUGCAGAUCAGUGUUUGGUCCUGGGCAAGACCAUCAACAGGCAUGCAUGUGCACAUUUUCUUAACUCAGCCAAGGAUAUGUUAUGGUCGGUAUUCACGGUAUUAAGAUUAUUAUACCAGCAAAUGUUGUCAGCAACCGUCAUCAUGAAUGAGCCAUCAUACAUACAUAGUAGAUUAGUUUCUUAUAAAGUUUGUUAGUUUAAUUAGUGCAAGCCUUGGUAUAUUUUCUCAAAAAAUGAAGAUCACUAGUAAAGCUGUAUAUGACAACUGUACUUCAAGUGAUGUUUGGUGUUAAGGAACAAAGCUGGGUUUUCUUGACAGCUGCUGGAAAUCUAACCCAGGCAAUGCUGCGAGGGUUACACUGUAGGUAAUAAAUAUGUAACAUAGUAUUAGAUGAAUCAUGUGGAAUAUGUUGUGUUAUUUUGUUCAGAUAGUUAUAACCAGAGUUUAUUGGAAGAUUAUGUUGCUGUGUAUUUUAGAAUUAUAUCUUCAUAUUCCAUAAAUAUAUACUGAUUUAGUAAAGUAACCCAUUAAAUUUUUAUAGACUUAUUUUUGUCUUCAAGGUGUAGGAAGUAAAAGAGAGGUGACCCUCACCAUCACUUUGAUUGUAUGCAUGUAUGUGAUGACCCCAGUAGCAGGAGCCCUGACCAGUGGUAGUGAUUGCCAAGCAUCUGCAUGUGUUUGUGAUCAUUAAAUUAGGUCUUGCAAUGUUGUCCUUGUAAGGCUUGUUUUAGUGUCACAGAACUAUAGCAACAUCAUACAAAUAUCCAAGGCUGGGCAAAAAGUGAAUUGUUGCAAACACAGAGAAACUGUUACCCAAAAAGCCUUCAUAGUGAGUUCAAUUCCAGCAGUGCUCCAUGUGUUAAUUUUUCACCCUCAUCCACCUACACUCACCCUCACCUUAUUACUAAGUUAUUUCAGUCGAUACUAUGAAACGGGAAUCCGAGCCUUAUUAAACAUAUUUUUAAGAUUUCCCUUGCUUCUCUUUCUUUCAACAAUUCUCUUGUAGCAAGUGAGUGAAUGAUGACAAGGGAGCAAAUUUCUUUUCUAAGGCUCUAUUCAUUCCAUAUUGUCUUCUAUUUCCCUGCCAGGGUAUUUGUUACAGGGAAUCCUAGCACUAGGUGAUUGUUCCUGAAUUAUCACCUCUCCUUCCUUGACAUAUUCUUUUGUAGUCACUCGAGGAGUAGACCCUAUUGGCUGUCAGUCUGCCAUGAGACACUAUUUGGCAAAAAAUUAUUGAUCUUGGUUUGGGAACUUUCUGUAGCAGACUGGCACAAGCUUUGUAAUGGCUUUUGUGUUGGUGAUUACUUCACUCACAGACUAGAUCAGUAUAAUAUUAAACAUGUAGAUAAACUGAAGGGAAAACCAUGUUACAAAGUCUUGUUUAUUACAUAGAUUUCUAAUGCUUGGUUGAGAAUGAUGAAGCAGAAGUGAGCCACAGGAUGAGAGGAGCUGAGGCUCCCUACAGGAGUGUGGCAAGCAACACAGUGAUUGAUAUUGAAUUUUUUCUUGCCUUGAUUUGGAAAGAGUAUCUUGGUUAUAUAUAUAACAUUUUUUUCUGUGGAGGUAGAAAUUACAAAAUGCAGUAAGAAAUGUGGUAGCAAAGAGAGAGUAUGUGUGUAAGGUUUGCAAGGUUUUUGUCUCGACAAGGGAAGAGUGGUUGCAUGUGAUUGAUGAAUUGAAAGCGGUUGUAAAUACAUGAUUGGAGAUUUGGCCUUGACAGCCCCAACAGGAAGCUGUUUUGCUUUAGGUCCAAUCUACAGAUUAGGUCAGGUAGAGGAAAAGGGAAUGGUUUUGUUAUGUGCAGCAGGUAUUGCCAGAUAUAAUGUACAAUUAACCCUCUUGUACUCUAAUUCAUUGAUGAUCAGUCCUCUUUCUACUAAAGGGAAUGCUUGUGAAUGUAUGUAACUAGAUGUCUUGUCUCACUUGUACCUCAUAGUAGGGAUGCCAGCCUACUCUAUAGAUAGAUUUACUAAUGUAUUUUAUUUGAUGCUAUUUUAGUGGGCUUGCCUCACUCAAAGAUUCCUGGGUUCAAAUCACUGGCCAUUGGGAACAGUUUUCCUUUAACUAACUUUUUUUCCUCUUGAAUUUUGUAAUCAGUAUUCACUUAGAAAAGAGUAGAAGUGGAACAUGAGACAGGGAAAUUGACUGUGCAAUACAUCAGUAACAAGGCCAGCAAUCCUACCCUCCUGGAAGUGUGUGUGGUUGUGCAGGAACAGAAGGUCAACAAUCCAACGGAUGUGUGUGUGUGUGUGUGUGUGUGUGUGUGUGAAGGAUAAAUAGACAAAGUUACUGCAGCAGUGCUUUCUGAUUUUCUAGAGUACAACGUGUUCACUGCUGACUUUGCCUGUAACAUUUUACAGAAAUCAUGGUUAUAAUUGAUACAAAUCAGUGCCUGUAACACUUUACUGAAAUCAUGGUUAUAAUUGCUACAAAUCAGUUUUAAUCCUGUAACAAAAAUUUUAGUAGAUGAUACAAAUCUUAAUCAUUGACUUGCUGUACUUCAGUCCAGUAGCAAUUAAUAAUGGAUAAAUUCUGAAACAAGGGGAAAAUCUUAAAUCUUCAGAUUUCAUACUCGCCAGUGUCCAAGGAUGGCACUCUGCAUAUCCAAUAGGGUCUGUUGACAACAAAGUACAGGAGAAAAGCUUAAAACCCACUAAAGAUUCUUAAACUUUCAAUGUUAAUAUACCCUGCAAUACUGCACUUCUGCUAACUUCUGUCACUGACAACUAUUCAUAUACUAGUAUUUUCCACCUCAAAAACACUUUAUUAGAAAUUUAUUCAACAUGAUUGUCAUAUCAAAGAACAUAACCUCAUCAUUUAUGAAUAUCCUCAUUUUCCUCAUUAUCCCUCAUUAGUUGCUCAUCCUACCUCAAACAUACAUCACUGACGUGCUGUGUGAACCACUGCAGUAAGACCUCUGGCUUUGGUAGUAUGAAUGCACUACCAUUGCAAGUUUACUGAUACAUUGCACAGUGACCAGAUAUGCUGCCCACAUUACAAAUCCUUACAGUAAAUUAACUUGGCUGCAAAUAUUUUCUUCAAAAAGUUGUAUUUUGGUGCUGUCUACCCUAGGUUCUAGGACCCCAAGCAACUGAGAUGAUAAUUAUGUAUAAUAGAAAGAAAUGUAGAGAAGCCACUUAGAAAAAUUAGGCUUUACUGACAGUCACAAUAACUGAGUAAGUAUAAGCCUUGUAAAGACGUGAAGCAUGCAUAACCUUUAAUUAGGUGGGCCUGAAGUAGUGUUAAAAUGCACCUUAUUCUUCCCUUUUCUGUUUUCUUUAAUGUUAAUGAUAAUUCAGUUGCUUCCAAAGCUGCCAUUUAUAUUUUGAUAGCAUGAGAAACUGCUCAAUAAUUAUUGAUCAUGAAAACACAAAAUGCUCCAGGUAUAAUGUGACCUAGGAUUAGGUGUGUUCGAUUACAUGUUAAUACAAUUCCCAAGAGAAACCAUUAUAGUCCUAGGAAGUUAAUAAUGAGUCAAGUUUAUACCAGCAAACUCAAAUGGCCCAUCAUGGGAUUGUUGAUCCCAGUGUUGGUGGCUGUCAAUAUUAUAGUUCCAGGGUUUUUAAAUCUAGUAUAAUUUAAAAUGUUUUAGUUGCAAAAAACUGUCCCUAUUUAAGGAAGAGAGUAAACAUUAUGUUGGGUAAAUGAUGGUAAACUUUUAUUGAAAUGUAAGACCUAUUUUAUUUUAUUGAAAUUGUGUUUGUGAUGGUUGUAUGCCAUCAUUGGAAGCAGCUGAAGAUUAGCACCCAAUCCUGAGGCUUUUGGGAUUGGGUAGGAAUGAUGGAAGAGUGCAUUCCUGUAGAAAGACCAACCCUGCAUUAGAAAAGUUACCUAGCCUUCCUUUUAGUUGGGAUAAUGCAACAUUCCAGGAACUGUGGUGUAAUAUAUAUAACUUAGUGGUAUACAAGGUAUCUUUAUUCACCAGACUGAUCAAUUAUCUUGUGCAUAACUUUCUUAAUUUUAUUAAGUUUACUAAAAUAUUAGUAAUGCAUCAGCAUAAGUUGCCCACCAGCAUAGGAGUCACCUCUCACUUAUCCGUCCUAGUGCAAGCUGUACCCAAGGUCAUGGAGAAGGAAUUGAGACCUUACUCUCAUAGAUGUUAUUUUUUUAUAUGAACUUUGAAGUCACUGAGUAAAAAGGCAUAUGAGGGAAAGCUAAUGACAUGCAAAUUCAUAAUUACACUUAAGUAAUCAUAAUAUAGCAGGUCUCUGGUGGUGAUAUCUAAUGCAUAUGGCAUUGGGAUGAUGCUUGAGGGUAACUAGGAAAAGGUAAUUCUUUUGCCUCUAUGUAAAUAAAAUCAUGUGUGAAAUAAUAGCAUCUCAAGGCUAUGUUGCUGAAGUGCAAUGGAUGAGGGUUAUGUAGGCAGGAAUCAUCCCUGAGAGCAAACUUCUUACAUGUUUGAAGUCCCUCUUCAGAAUGGUUAUUGAAAAUGAAGUUUGUGAUGCUUGAAGUCUCAAAAUUAAAGCCUUUGUCAUGGUGCUGAUUAUGACAGACAUUUUUCUUCAGAUCUUACAUUUUGCUUUUUGUGUUCUGAUUUUAUGCAAGUUUACAAUUUACUCUGGUUAAAUUGCUGGAACUGCCAAGACUAAUCACAUUCCGUUGUUUUCUUUAUUGUAUUGUGGAGAGGCAUGUAGUGUUUUUACUGGUGGUGCAUGGAAUACUUGACCAAAAAGCUGAUUGUAUUACAUUGUCAGUAUUUUGUGAUAUGGUUAUUAGGAAAAGUGCAUCAUAUGUGAUGUGACAAAGUCUUUGUUUUUCAGGGAAAAUUUAAGUAUCCAAGCGACGGUGCCAAGGUUAGAUUGUGAUUGAGGAGCCGUGCUAAGCUGUUCACACCAGAUGUCAACACAGCAUACACAUAAAAGCUUGAUAACACCAUCCCAGUGCCACUCCUCUCUUGUCAGCUACUAGUAUGGCUUUCCAGUCACACGUACACCCACACUCACACUAACAAUAAAUACCCGACACUUUACGGGUUAGGAAAACACCACUGGCCUCAAAGGUUGAAUUCUUAGAUGCCCUUUGUUACUCACAGGACACAUACUAGACUCAAUGCCAAGUAAAUUAACCCUAUUCCUAUACACAUGACAUAAACCCCUACCCUCUUAUCCUACUGAAAAGUAUAUAAAGUAGGUAACUUUCAUAUCCUCACACUUGAAGUUACCAUAGGGAGGUUAUUUCCUUCCUUUAGGGACUGAGGAGAAUGUGCAGGGCUCCCUCCUUUCAUCAGUCCCUCUUGUCAGGAGUUUCCUCCCAUCACAGCUUCCCUCCCAUCAGGGAUUUCCUUUCGUCAGGGGCUAAGGUAGGAAAAUGAGGUAAUUGUGUGUGUAUGACCUGCAGGAUAUGAUGCUACCUCCAACUACAUCUUAACCUCAACCUCCAGCCACUGUGCAUAUGGUUUGUGUAAUGUAAUGGCUAGAGGUAGGAGUUACGACCACAUUGUUUUUGUGUGAGCUUAGAUGACAUUGGAGGUGAAAGUAAUACACACCACUCACUACACCAGAGAAAGAUACCCUUACAACUUGUUUAGAUUACUGAUGACCAUACACACAUUUGGAUUCCUAUAGAGGACAUAUACACAAACAGACAGACCCUCCUUAUAUAUAUAUAUAUAUAUAUAUAUAUAUAUAUAUAUAUAUAUAUAUAUAUAUAUAUAUAUAUAUAUAUAUAUAUAUAUAUAUAUAUAUAUAUAUAUAUAUAUAUAUAUAUAUAUAUAUAUAUAUAUAUAUAUAUAUAUAUAUAUUCCUCACCUGAUUAACUGCCUAUUUUCCCAUACUCUGAUUUUUCUAAUUCAUAACAUAAAUACAUUAGUUUUGUGAGUAUUGUACAGAAACUAUUGUACCUACUUGACUAGUUUGAUUUCUUCCUUAUGAUUCCAUGAUUUUUUAUCUCAUUACUGUAUUCUUUAUUACUUUGAAGUAUAUUCCCAAGCAUUUUAAGUACAAAGACCAUUGAGAUAUCAGUAUCAGUCCUGUGACCAUUUAAAAUUUAAAGUCAGAUAAGGAGAGGUGGCUUUUAAAAAUAUUUAAGUAUUUCUGGCAUGCUUGUGUCAGUAUGUUUACUCAGUCUUUUGUUUUAGGAUGUCACUCUGGUUACUUGAAAGAACAUUGCAAUGUCUAUUUUCUUCCCAGGGAAGCUUCCUGGAACAUAUACAUACAUAUUGGUAUUGAUAAAAAAGAAAGUAUUGUAGCUCAUUUUGUUUGUAGCAAUACAUUGCAUAUGUAUUCCCCCUGAGUGCCUCUUUCCUGGUUUCAAUGAGAAAACUGCUAUUAGACAUACUGAAAACUUAUUUUGUAAUGCUUGUGAAAGUGGUAAGAGAAUUGCUAACAAAACUUAACUUAUAAAAUAUGAAAAUUAUUAGCUGCACACUGACAGUUGAGAAUUGGUUAAGUGUGUUGGCAGAGGAGGCUGCCAGCAGACUGCAAGAGUGUGUGAAAACAGCUUCUCAAGAAAUUUGUUGAAGCUGAAUUUUAUACAUUUAUCAAGAUCCCAUAUCAUGUAUGCCAAAAUGUGGUCCAGGCAGAGUGUGUGAGAGGCCGCCAGUGACCCAUUACCACCUCCUCCAGGCCACUCCUUGUGGCAUACAGGUCAUGGUGGUGCCAGACUUGACCUCUGACCUGCCACACUCCUAUUUGGUGUUCCCUGUGUUCUGUAUAUCAUCAUGCCAUACCAACCUGUCAUCAUUUUUUUUUCUUUCAUUCUUACUCCUUGUUAUAUAUAUACAUAUAUUUUCUUUUUGUUUAUAGAGUUGUCUUAUCUUUUAAGUGUAAAUGUGGAAAUAGAAUAUUAAUAUUAACAAUAAAUGAUCUGCUAUGGA